UCCUUUCCCGGCGCCUGCGCAUUUAGAACGCCUGACGGAGGUUGUUGUGGGAGCGGCAGCGGCUUCAGCUUCGAGGCCUCCCGCGGAGAGUCUGCGCCACCCUGCUCGAGGGCCGGCGGCCGUUAACAAGUCCGCCCACCGGGUGAGGACCGGCCGCCACGAUGUCGAUUUUCACGCCCACCAACCAGAUCCGCCUGACGAACGUGGCCGUGGUGCGCAUGAAGCGCGGGGGAAAGCGCUUUGAGAUCGCUUGCUACAAGAACAAGGUCGUGGGCUGGCGCAGCGGCGUGGAAAAAGAUCUUGAUGAAGUUUUGCAGACCCACUCCGUGUUUGUAAAUGUUUCUAAAGGCCAGGUUGCUAAAAAGGAAGAUCUUAUCAGUGCUUUUGGAACUGAUGACCAGACUGAAAUAUGUAAACAGAUUUUAACAAAAGGAGAAGUACAGGUGUCAGAUAAAGAACGACACACACAGCUGGAGCAAAUGUUUAGGGACAUUGCAACAAUUGUAGCAGAUAAAUGUGUAAAUCCUGAAACAAAGAGACCAUACACUGUCAUCCUCAUUGAAAGAGCAAUGAAGGAUAUCCACUAUUCUGUCAAACCCAACAAGAGUACAAAGCAGCAGGCCUUGGAAGUAAUAAAACAGUUGAAGGAAAGCAUGAAGAUUGAGCGGGCUCACAUGAGGCUUCGAUUCAUCCUACCUGUGAGGGAGGGGAAAAAGCUAAAAGAAAAACUCAAACCAUUGCUCAAGGUGAUAGAAAGCGAAGACUACGGUGAACAGUUAGAAAUAGUGUGUCUAAUUGACCCCGGCUGCUUUAGAGAAAUCGAUGAGCUGAUACAGAGGGAGACAAAAGGAAAAGGUUCCUUGGAAGUUCUCAGCUUGAAAGAUGUGGAAGAAGGAGAUGAGAAAUUUGAAUGAAAGCUUUUCACUGUCUCUUCACUUGUAAACACAACACUAACAGGUGUUCUCAUUUCCCUCACAAUGUUAGCUUCUGUGGGUUUUUUUUUCUGCCAAACACUUGCUCAAACUGCUUAAUUUGAGGUUUUCCUUCUAGUGUGUGUAUGUGAACUCAAUGAGUCACUUGUAUACAGAAUAUUCAAUAUAAAAAUCUUAAUGUGAGAUAAAUGCAUCCAGGCUGGUCAAGUUGGACUACUAAUAUUAAAAGAAUGGGCAAAUCUCUUCCCAUUUUGCAUUCUGCCUGGACAGCUGGGCUCUCUGUGUCACCUUAAUUUUUGACAGUGGUCAUUCUUGGUUAAUUUUACAUCCAUGAAAGUUGUCUCAUAGUUUAUACUAAAAAUUCAUGCUUUAGAAAUGUCCCUUGACAGAAAUGGAAUGUGUGCAGAAAAAUGUAAGCCCAUAGCAUCUCUAUAUGACAGAAUUUGAGUAAUUUUCAUUUGGCCUAAUGUUCAGCUGGGUGCUGUGACUUCCCAAAUCAUACUGCUUUUAAUGUGUGUGUAUAUAUGCAGUUACUAAGAGUCCAUCAGUAUUCUUGUUUAAUAAACAUGCUGCCAAAAUAUAAAAGAUUAUCCUUGGUUAAAAAUAUAUAUAGUCAUUCAUGAUAAUUUUUAAAUUUCUAAUAUAUGUUAAUACAAAUGAAGUUAUAUGUAACAAAUAAAAACCUCUAUUAUUUUUCUUAAACAAUGGCACGUGUGUUUCUAAACAUUAUUUUCCUGUUUUGUCAGUUUUACAUUCUUCAUGAUGUAGGACUGAGAAAUAACAUGCCUUCUUUUGGCCUUGUAAAAGAAAGUUUAAUUACUUAAUACAAACAUCCAAAUGAAUGGGCAUAGACUUUUUUUAAAGACAAACUCUCCUAAAAGAGGUUACAUUACAGAAAAUGAACGAUAGCUUUAUGCAACAGAGAUAUAUUUCAACAAAAUAAUAUUUUUCCUUAGUAAUUAAGUAAAAAAUAGAAAAUAAAUAAAUUCCCUUUGUAAAAAAGCCCUAUAUACAAGUCAUAGGUACUUCUUAAUCAUAUACCCUGAUCAUGGACCAGGUGUCCUAAUUAGGCCUUUCUCAGAUACAAACAUCUCCUAAGACUAAAUUAUUUUAUACUAAAAUUGUGUAUUAAAAAUGGUUAUUUCAAGUUUUACAUUCCUUCUAGUAGGACACAAUAUUCUUACUGCUCCACAUGUGUGGAAAAGAAUAUUAAUGAUGGUAUUUGACAUGCGCAGAGAGUGCCCAACAAGUUGGCAGUGGCUUUACAGUUCUGUCCAAGACAUUUUUGUAAUCAGUUUACAAAGUGUCGUUAGCAUUAAAUGCAUUUAUCAUUAACCAUAGUGCUAUGGUGCUUCUUUAUUAACUCUUUAUGAUACAAUUGUCUCUUGUUGAUCAAGAAGACAUCUUUAGUGGGAGUUGGAGUGAAAUGUUAAAAUGUCCUAAUCCCCCAGUCAUCAUCUUUAGAGUAAUGGCUAAAAUGAAAGUAGAAAAGGCAGAAGAACCCCUGACGUGAGGAAGCUAACUUUUAAAGGUGUAUGAAGUGCAUUCAUUUGGGUUCUUGUCAGCCAUCAUAGAGGACUGCUUGUUUGGGGCCAAUAAAUUGGUUUUUCUUAGGUGUAUUCUGUUGAUAUACCUGUAACAUUCAGAUACUCAGUUUGGCCUAUGAGGAAAUCCUCACAUAAGCAAACCAGACUCUCACUGACUGCCCAGAUGAAUGGUUGAUGUUUUCCUAAUAAGGAUUUUCUAAAAGCAUGAAUUUUGUCAACUAAUGGGUAAAACACAACAUUUAAAAGGGCCCAUUGUUGAUAGUCAAAGGACCGUGAAAAGGCAGUUUUCUAAGGAAGAGACCUAAGCUAUUAACAGCCAUAUGGAAAACCACCCCAACUCACUAAUAAUUAGAGGAAUGCAAAUUAAGGGAAAUCUGAGGUUCUAUCCAUCUAUCAUCAUAUUGACAGUGGACAACCAAAAGAAAGUGACAAAUGUUGAGGAGGCUGCUGGGAAACAGGCCUUAGUGCACUGUUGGUGGAGCCGUGAAGUGGUAAAAAAAAACACUUUAGAAAGCAUUGCAAGUAUGCCCAAAGUAUUACUGAAUUGACUAUCCUUUAGUAGGCUUAUGCUCCAAAGAGAUCAAAGGAAGAGGGAAAGGGCCAAAAUGUACAGAAAUAUUUAUAGCCGCUCUUU